UCUCUCUUUUUCUCGCUUGUUUCCACCUAAUUAUUCAUUCAAGUAUUUCAGUGUUUUACAGCAGGAAAAGAACAUUUAUCGUUCGCCGUACAUUUAUUUGCAGGGUUGCGUGCGUCGUUUUUACAUCCAUUAUCUAUAGUCUAAAAUGUGAUACCAGUUGCUUUUCUUUCUAUUUAUCGCGCUCAAGUUUCUCGUGCGAUUAAAAAGUAUCAUGAGGCAGCUGGGUUUAAAGUAGCACAAGAACGUGUAGUGAAUUUUAUGAAUUUUUGCGAAAACUCACCGAAUUAACUAUAUCAUGGCGUGCUCUGUAACACUCGAAAAACUCAUCGCCUUCUUGAGAAUGCAUUUGUUCUUCGCGUGCUGUUGGCCGUUACCACCCACUGCGACAAAAACACAAAUCGCUUACGACAAAUUUUUUCGUUUGCUCAACGGUUUGCAUUCGGUGCUGAUGAUCUGUGCGGUGACGUAUAGAAUUAUUACUCAGUAUGACAAUAUUUUGAUCGUAAUACAACUAGGCUGCGUCUUAGGCACCUUAUGCGAAGUUCCAAUGCAAAUAUAUCUGUUUGUGCGCCAGUACGAUCGUUUGCAAAAUAUAAUUACGAAAAUAGAAAAUUACAACAAACAUGCGAAUUCAACAGAAAAGGAUAUAAUACAGGAAUAUAUAAAUAAAUAUAUAAUGAUUUAUAGCGUAAUGCUAAUAUUGAUGACCGCAACUUUAGUUGCUUUGAUUUUAAUACCAUUGGUACUGGCCCAUCCCGUAUUGGAGUUAGAGUAUCCAUUUUCUAUUGAUUAUCAGCCGAUGAAAGGAAUUAUUUAUUUACAUCAGUCAUUUGCUUUGUAUCAAGUCUAUGCUCAGGUCUGUGCCACCGUUUUUCUUGCUCUUUUGCUUUGGUUCUCAACAGCUAGAUUUGAAAUUUUGGCCAACAAAUUUCAAAUGAUUACGGAACAUUCUGACUGGAAAGCAUGUAUACGAGAGCAUCAAGAGGUUUUAAGAUUCGCAGAACAAGUAACCCUUUCCAUUUCACACUUAACGUUAUCAUCGCUAGGUGUUAGCACUAUAACGGUAAUAUUCAGCGGUCUUACCUUUCUUGGCGACUUUCCGUUAUUUGUAAAACUGCAGUAUUCGAUCGUAUGUUGUUCAUCAUUGGCAAAAGUAUUUUUAUGUACUUGGCCAGCUGAUCAUUUAAUGAGUAGGAGUUCUUAUGUGGGGGAUGCUGUAUAUAAUUCAUUAUGGUAUAAACACGGAAUUGCUACACAGAAGAUUAUGUUGUAUACUUUAUUUCGAACUCAACGGCCUGUUAUUGUAUCUGUUCCUGGUUUAGUUGCUGCUUUAACUUUGCAACAUUAUGCAUCUUAUGUAUCCAUGGCAUCUUAUCUGACGUCAUUUCGAGCAAUUCUUUCUAAUGGUGUGGAUUAA